AUGACCUCCCAGCCUGCCUUCCCUGGUGCUGCCCUGCUCCUGACCUCACCCAACGUCCCUGGGGGCAAGCUCAUUGUCAAGCUGAAGCCAGAGGGGGCCCAGGAGCUACCUCGGGCACAGACCAUCAUCCUGAUGAGGGCACCGGUGGGCUGCCCCCCCCCACGGCGGGACGGGGCCCCCAUUCGUCUCCAGCUGGCUGCCGGGAUAAGAACCGUUCUGCUGAGCAAAGCUGGGGAGGAACCAGGACCCACGGAAACCCCUCCAGCCCAGGCGCCCCCCACCAGUGACCCCUCCGCCUCCUGCACCUCCAAGGGUGUCUACGAGAACUAUCGGCGCUGGCAGCGCUACAAAGCCCUGGCCAGGCGGCACUUCCCAGGGACGCCCGACGCCGAGGCGCUGGCCUGCUUCUUCAUCCCCGUCUUGCGGUCGCUGACCCGCCUGCGCCCCGAGAUGGCUCUGGAGGAGGGGGUGCCACGUGCCGUGCAGGAAUGGGAGCGCAGCAGCAACUUCGAGCGCAUGAUCUUCUACGAGAUGGCUGAGAAGUUCAUGGAGUUCGAGGCCGAAGAGGAGCUGCAAAUCCAGAAAAUGAAGCUCCUGAGUAGCUCCCAAUUCCAGCCCCCACCCGCCGACCCUCCCAGGCUUCCCAGCCUGCCAGCCCCCGAUGCUGGACAGCAGCAAGUGUACAUCCCCAAAAAGGCGGCAUCCAAGGGGCGGCAGCCCCGGCGCCGCCAGCGCCGCCUGCCUGGCCCGCUGGACCCAGGGGAGCCACGGGAGAUCCCGCCUGAGGCCGUGAGGCAGUAUGCCGAGAUCAUGGAGGGGCUGCAGCCCAGCUGGGAGGAGGAGGCCGGGGAGGCCGGCGGGCGUGGCGAGCCCCAGAGCCAGGCACAGGGGGCACUCCCAGACCCCACACUACUGCAGUAUGUUGAGCAGCUCUGUGAGGAUGAGAGUUUCAUCUGCAAGGUGGAAGCCGUGAUCCACCCCCAGUUCCUGGCCCAGCUGCUCUCUCCAGAGAAGAGAUGUGACCCCCUGGAUCUCAGCGAGGAGCUGGAGCAAGAGCUGGGACUCACCCCAAGCCAGCUGGUUGAGAAACGUCUCCUAGCCCUCUCAGAGGAAGAGCUCAGCCUCCCGGCAUGCCCCGCCCCCCAUUUGGACUCUACCCCCUCCCAGUCCGAAGAGGAGGAUGAAGGCAGCAGCCAAAAGGGACCGGCCAGCCAUCGGCGAGGGGAGGGUGAAUUGCCACCAGUGUCCAACAUUCACAGCCAACGUCCUGACCCACCUCCCCUUGGCCUGAGUGGCCCAACUGGACCUACUGAGGCCCAGAUGGCUUCAGAGGCCAAGUCCAGUUGCCGAGCAGAGCCAGAAUGGAGAUUUGGAAUAGAGAUGGGGUCAAGACAGCCUCACCUCCAAGAUGGUGGCAAUAACGAAGGCACUGGAGUCAAAACCACGGCUGGACCUGGAGAUCCAGAACAAUGUGAGGCAGAAGCUACCAGGGGCUGUGGCAAUGGGACCAGUUCCAGGGAUGAUAGAAAGAAGGUGGGAGAGGCAAGUUCAGCCAUGGGCGAUGGCCCCUCCAAGAUGGCCACAAUUGCCAGCUCAGAAUUUCUCCCGGGGGGCAUGGAGGAUGUUGGGAAACAUGAUGAUGAUGACGAAGAUGAUGAGGAGCUGUCUAUUUUUUCCUCUCUGCUGGCAUCGAAACUCCAUCUCUCCAGUCCUGAGGGACCUGUUGGCUCUGUCCUUGCCCUGAGGGACCGAGUGGGGACCGACAGCAGAGCCGUCUCCCCGACUUGGGAGCCAGUGAGAUGGGAUCCCAUGAGGAGACACUCCACAUGGCUGUGCCCAGGUGGGGUGCUUGAUGGGUCACAUGCCAUGGAUGCUGGCGUUCGGCUCAGCCAUAAGAGAAGGAACAACAGUAUGGCUGCCAGGAGGAGCAAGCGCCUGCGCAGCCAAUGA